AAGGACACACCCGGUUCACGACCGGCCGUCGACAUCAACCAGGGGGGAAGAGGAGGGUGUACAUCAGUCUACGCAUAAGAGAAUGAGGAGUCCUCGGGAAGAGGGUGCGGGUUCUACAAAGAAACAUAAGGCAAGGACCCCCCAGGCGACGGGGGGGGAAAGGAAGGGAGUUGAGGGGCAGGAGGGUGCAUCGGAUCGGAAAUGUCUGACGUCGGUGCCGAAACAACCUCAGUCGGGUGCUCUCGAGGUGAAGGGUCCCAUCGACAUCGACACCACGUACUUCCUCGAAUUGAAAGACGGUGUGCGGACAAAGCGGGAGUUCUUCAUUAGCCCAUCGAGGGUCGUCGAUAUUGGUGAUUGGGAAGCGUCAUACAACCAACAGUCGCUAGAUACCGUGCACACGCAGCUCAUCAUUGACGCGAUGAUGAUGGCCUUCUCGCAAGUCGAUAAGACGUACGAGUUGCCUACCCUUAAGCUGGCGCCAUUAGGGCUGGAGAAACCAAAGUCGGGCGUGUGGGCGGAUCAUCUGAAGCCAGAGGACAGGAAGGACGAGAUCACAGGCCAAUACUAUUAUUACGCUGUUUCCAGCCAGCACAACUCAGCUGCAGCCAAGGCGCUGCUCAGCACGGACGUCACAUUGAGGUACAACUUCGAGAGGUGGCCUGCACGUAUGGUUUUCUUCUCAGGCAAGGAGUUCGAAGGGUAUUUUUUGGUAAGCUUGGAGGACAACAAGAAGGACUUGAAGUUUGUGAACUACGAGAACCGGCCGGAUACUGACUGGACACGUGCGUAUCCCUUCCUGAAGAAGUGGGAGGCGAUUUUGGUGCAGUUCGAGAAGCAGGGAAUGAAUGCCGCGUUGUGGGACGGGAGGAGGAAGCUCGUCGGUGACGCCUCGCUGUUCAAGGACUGCCUGCCGUACAUGGGGUACGAGGCCGACAAAACGAUCAAGGCGACGGAAAAACUCGCCCAAAACAAGAAGUUGUCCGCCGACUGGAAGAACAAGGUCCUCUCCGUGCUGACCGGCAGUAGGGCGAAGAGCAUGGAGGUCACACUUGCCAAAGGCGUGGUGCACGUUCUGUGGAAAGACUCGGGGGGCGUGACAUCGAUCGCACCGUUCGGCGUUGACCCUCUGGAGGCGCAUAUGAGGGUCACGGAGUUGGAGAAAGCGGUUGGGACCACCAAAUGUCACACGUGCGUUCUCGAUCUGCGCGAGCUGGUGGACUUCAAACAGUGGACGCCGAAAGCUUUCGAGAGUUUGAAUUCCCUCCUAGAGCAAUUGUUUCCGUCACACUGGACGGUCGUCGCUUUCGUCCCUCUCCAGUGGGACUACUCCUUCAUGACCAGCCUGCGCCAUCUGCCAGUUGUGAAGGCAAUGGCAGGGAAGUGGGUGAGGAGGACGCAGCAGAAGAAAAGUUUUCCAGUGGGGAACAACUUGUACUCGGCUGACGACCUCAUGUACAUUCUCUUCAAAGGUGACGAUUUGCGGGAGAAUACUUGUGUCGUCUACGAUGCUAGGUUGUCGGCAGGUGAUGCUGCGGCUGUCGGGGUACAUCAGAAAGUGACCCCGACAGACAUAUCGGAGACUCCCUUCGACCCUUGCGAGUUGUCGUCGGCCAUGCCUGGAGUUGACAGGAAGAUCUACAAGGACAUGGAGUGGAACCCCACACAAUUGGCCCAUCUACUGGAAUUUGUGUGCAAAAAGGGGGAGGGCGUCAUGUUCAUCAGCAAGCCGCACGCACGAGUCGUGUGGGAGGUUUUGAAAAGCGGUCGACACGUGGCUGCGCUGGAAGGGAAUUCUAAGUUGUUGCAAUACACGUUGGAGUUCCUCAAAAGCGAGGUCAACUCUGGAGCCAGCCGCUGCGAGUUCGUUUCGAGGAGCGAGAAAUCAACACGCGUUCGGGAACCGUUUACGGACAUGUGGUUUAAGUUGAGCGAGCGGAAGAGGAACAGGAUCUACGAGUUCCUCUUUUUGGAAACGCGGCCCAGGAGGGACAAUGACGAUGAGUACAUGCGCCGCAAGGAACACAUGUUGGCAUUGCUGGACAACUACCUUUAUGCGUCACGCAAGAACGCAAAGAACUUCCUCGGUCGGCUGGAGUGUUUGUACUACGUCGAGUCCGAGCAGGUGCGGAAGCUCGAGAGUUAUGGUGCCUUGAUCUCCACGGAGGACGAGGCGGAGACAGGCGUUGUUUUCGACACCGCUACGCCCAAGGAGGACAGCGACAGGGAGGACAUCGACAUCGAUUACCAUCCUGCUCCGAUGUUUCAUGCCUCGUCGGCCGGUCGCUCAACAAGCCAAGCCACCGUGGCGUCGCCUGUGCUCACGUUCACCCCGGGUAAGACCCCGAGUAAGCUGGCGGCGAGACUGACGCCUCGGCCUGCCACCCCGCCUCCGUUGCGUGGUGGCGGUGAUGGGGGGCAGAACGUUGUUGGACAACCAACUGCCAUGUUCGGUAAGGGACCAGUGUCGAAUUCCCGCGGAAUCCGGACUACAUCGACUGAGGUACCGGGCGUAAGUGGAGAGCCCGCUGACCAUGAUGAGCCAAAGUCUGCCCGGAUCCGGACUUCUUCAGAAAGGGCUCCACAGGCAAGGAUUAUCGUGCCGACGGGAGGGGUGACGCACGUGGGGGCAGAAGAGCGGGCCGCGGGAUUCGACAUGGUUUUGGGAGAAUUUCGUGAAUGGCAUGGGAGGGACGGAGGGGAAGAACGGGAAGAACGGGAGGAAGGAGAGGAAGGGGAUGAAAAAGGGGAUAUCAAUAUUGAAGGUGACGAACGGCUGGGCAAUGAGGAGGAUGCCGACUGCGAGGAGUCGUCUGACUUGUUCGGGCACCUUUUCGCGGGCCAUCCUGGGCUCGAUGUUGACGACGAUGCGACGACAAUGGAGAUGGAGACACAGGUGGUCAGUGACCUGUCAGCAGACCCUGAAAAUUAUGAGGUUCAACCGCUGACGGUUGCAGUCGGUCUCCAACACCGUUGCGAUGAGGUUUCCGCUGCUGUGAGCCCGGCUCAACGAAGUGAAUAAUUGAGCGUCGUUGAAGUUAUCGAUGGGCUACUCGGCGACGAGCAGGUGGCCGGGCAACGGUCUGCAGUGCCUGUCCCGGACGACCGCCAAAAAGUCACAACUUUCGUGCCCUCUAACACUGUUUUCUCACCACCCACCUCUCCGAUACAGACCGUAACCUUAACCAGCGUCUGGGAGGGCGAUCUCGGGGGCCGACAACAUGUCACGUCCCCGAAACGAUCUCGGGUCGGGACUCAAGCUCUCAACGUGCUGGGCUUGCCCGCUCCAAGGUCGCCGACGAAGGACCGAAGGGAUAAAGCGGCUGGUAAGCA